UUGCAACGCCUCGGUCGGCUUCAUCGGCGGCGCGGGUUUGGAAGUGUGACGCGUUGGUCUGCGUGAAAUUGGCGCUGAUAGUUUGGUUUGCUCGUGGUGCUUCCUGUGCGUGAAACUGCUUGACUACUGGUUCUUUGUGUGUGUGGUGCGUGAUCUACCGGAUUGCCCGAAAAGCCCGGAGCGAUCGCCGCUCCGUCUUUUCAACAAGUCAGCUAGGCCUAAUUCGCUCGCUCUCCGAGGCUCCGGCAAGAAAGUAUCGCAGUGUGAAGGAGGCGAAAGCGGUCUAGGACUCGGCCAGGUGAAACACUGCUCAAAGCGCCGUUAGCAAGGUCUCUUUCGCUGAUCCUCGGCGGGAAUCGGCGUGUCUGCGUUGCAUCGUUAUUUACGCGUCGUGGUUCAACUUCGGCUUCAUCGCGCAAAGGCGUGAUCUGAAAGGAAGGGCCUGCAGAGAACGCCCGCGCAGCGACGCUUGCCUGGGAGGGGAUUUUCCAAACGGGCCAAUUGGACUGAUGACGCCGCUGCUAUUACCAAGGCUUAAUUACGGCUGAAGGGCUGGCCCGUGUCUGGCGGCCAUGACGAGGCGGGACCGCUGGUGGGCGGCCUGCUCGCUGCUGCCGCCGCUGCUGCUCCUGUUGGCGGCGGCGCCCCCCUCGGCCCAUGGCCUGUGGCCGUCGCCGCUCCGGCAGCAGCCAGCCGGCCCGCCGGCCUCGUCGCCGGCCGCGGCGCAGGAGCUGCGCCAGGCGGCCAACGGCACGACCAACAGCACCGUGCCGGAGAAGCCGGCCAUCUUCACCGACCCGUCCACCGAGAGGUUCAUCCACAUGGCCGUCAACAGCUACACGGGACAGGUGUACAUCGGCGCCGUGAACGCCAUCUACCAGCUGUCGAGCAAGCUCGAGCUUCAGGCGCGGGCCGUCAUGGGGCCCGAGAAGGACGACCCGGGCUGCCCCGUGACGCGCUUCUGCCCGUCCAUCACGAAGAAGUACCACGACUACCACAACAAGGCGCUGGUGAUCGACUACCCGCAGAGCCGGCUCAUCGCGUGCGGCUCGCUCUUCCAAGGGGUGUGCACCGUGCACAGCCUGGAGAACAUCACCAACUACCGGACGCCCGCCAACGAGUCUGUGGUGGCGAACAACGCGACCGCCUCCACGGUGGCCUUAUCGCCAACGGGCCCGAGCGCCUCUCGCAUGCACGUCCUCUACGUGGGCGUCACCUUCACGGGCAACGGACCGUACCGGUCGGACGUGCCCGCGGUGUCGUCGCGCAGCCUGGACCUGAGCAACGACACGUUCUCCAUCGCCGUCACGGGCGUCUCGACGGGCACCAAGGUGUUCGUGAACAGCCUCGCGCGCGAGGUGUACCCCAUCACGUACGUGUUCGGCUUCAGCUCCCGCGGCUUCUCCUACUUCCUGACCGUGCAGAAGCAGUUCACCGAGGAGCCCAAGCCGUACAUCUCGAAGCUGGUGCGCAUCUGCCAGAACGACGUGCACUACUACUCGUACACCGAGGUGGCGCUCGUCUGCCAGACGCCCGACGGCAUCCACUACAACCUGGCGCAGGCGGCGUUCGUGGGCAGGCCGGGCUCCGAGCUGGCCGUCUCGCUCGGCAUCACCGCCCAGGACGAGGUGCUCUUCGUGGUGUUCGCCAAGAGCCGCGACGAGACGGACGUGUACAACCGGCCCAGCCAGAAGUCGGCGCUGUGCGUGUACGCGCUCACCGCCGUGCACCGCAAGUUCACGCAGAACAUCAACGACUGCUUCAACGGCCAGGGGGUCCGCGGCCUGGACUUCAUCAACCCCAGCAACCCGUGUCAAGAUACGCAAGUGCAAAUCAACGAUGACUUCUGCGGCAUGGACGUGAACACGCCGCUAGAUGGCAGCAAGCCGGUGAACGCGACGCCCGUGCUGACCUACUCCAACGUGCUGCUCACAUCGGUGGCGGCCGUCUCCACGCACGACUACACGGUCGCCUUCCUCGGAACCUCCAACGGACACCUCAAGAAGGCCGUGGUGGAGUCUGUGACCAACGCGUUCGAGUACAGUGACAGCGUCAUCGAAGAAGGCAAAGCGGUCAACUCGGACAUGCUGUUUGACAAGAACGGCGAGCACCUCUACGUUAUGACCGAGCGGACGGUGACUAGGGUGAAAGUCCAAGAGUGCCACCAGUACAAGACCUGCAUAGACUGCCUUGGUGCUCAAGACCCGUACUGCGGCUGGUGUUCCCUUAGAAACAGGUGCAGCCUUAGGAGCAACUGUGCCGAGGCUGCCCAGGACCCACUAUACUGGCUUUCAUACAAGAGUGGCAAGUGUACCACUAUUACCAGUGUACAGCCAGCACAGAUUCAACGAACUACUGCUCGCAUUUUGAGCCUGGUGAUAGGGAACCUUCCUGUUCUGGACGGCCAAUUCUUCUGCGCCUUCACGGCCUUCUCCAAGACUCUGGAAACCAAUGCCACGCGCUUGACCAAUGGUGUCAGCUGUCCCACCCCGCAUACCGACUCUCUGCCGCCAAUCCCACCGGGCGAACAUCAUUUCACGGCCAAAUUGUCUGUGAGGAUGAAGAGCAACCCGGACUUUGUAGCGACAAACUUCACCUUCUACGACUGCAGUACCUACACUUCGUGCACCCAGUGCGUCUCCAGUCCCUUUCCUUGCGACUGGUGUGUUGGCGGACACCGCUGCACUCAUGACACGGGCGAGAACUGCCGCAACGACAUCCUCGUCACGGGUGUAUCGAGUGUGGGACCCAGCAUUCGAUCAGGACCUGGGUUCUGCCCACGUAUCAAUGCGACCACAGGCAUUUCCACCGAGAUUCUCGUGCCAAUGGGCAUCAACAAGCGCAUUCAAGUCAAAGUCGAAAAUAUUCAGCCUUUUAUUGCCUCUACAAGAUUUGUGUGCCAGUUCAACAUUGAAGGUAGAGUGAAACAAGUGAACGCUCAACUUCUAGGAGACACGAUAUAUUGUGAAAACAUGCAGUUUAACUACGGCACACAAGCUCCAAAUAUCACAGCUGCGUUUGCAGUCAUCUGGGAAGGUAGUAAGCCCUUGGACAACCCCGAGCAUAUCCACGUUCUCGUGUACCGUUGCGAGAACAUGUCGGAGAACUGUGGCCUCUGCCUGGAACUUCCCGAGAAGUACGCGUGUGGUUGGUGCCAGCAGAGCAACUCGUGCAAGGUGCAGGAGCAGUGUGACGGCCACGCCACCAAGUGGCUGGAGCGCACGCAGACCUGCCCCGACCCACAAAUCACCAGGAUCUACCCGACAUCAGGACCCUGGGAAGGUGGCACCAACAUCACCAUCGAGGGCUACAACCUCGGCAGAGUCUUCCAGGAUAUCCAGAACGGCAUCCACGUGUCCAAGGAGGUCAACGGAGUCUCCCUUGCCCAAAUUCCCUGUGUCCCCCACAAGGACUUGUAUGUCAAGACUACUAGAAUUGUGUGCGAGAUCGAGAGCCCUCGAAACCUGACGACGAGCCCCCCAAGUGGCACCAUCUCGGGUCCCGUCAUUGUCAAGGUCCUCAACGACUACACGGCCAAGUCGAGGCAGAAUUACUCCUUCGUGAACCCACGAAUUACCUCGAUAAACCCAAGCAAGGGGCCGAAGUCUGGAGGCACGAGGCUGCUCAUCUGGGGUCUGCACAUGGACGCUGGCAGUCAUGCUGAAGCAUUUGUCGGGGGAAUGCCCUGCCAAAUCAUCACGCGGGAGCCAAACGUGGUGAGCUGCAACACUAGCGCAUCCACAACAUUCAACGAGGGCAAGGUGAGGGUCAAGUUUGACAAAGGGCUGCGUCUUUUUGAGGACUACAUCUACCUCUACGUCGAGGAUCCCGAGAUUGAGAAGGUGGAGUCUGGCUCUGCCAGGCACUCCAGCGUCCCACGAGGAAUUCCAAGUGGUGGCAUCACGGUGACUGUCAAGGGGCGAAACUUGAACGCAGUUCAGGAGCCGAUGAUGUACAUCACUCUCGACGGCGAGGAACACUACAGUAGAUGCAUCCCAGACUCGGCCCAGCAGAUGAAAUGCAAGAGCCCGGCGGUCCCCAAGGACAAGCUGUCUUUCGGGGGCAACCCAGACGUCCCUGUGGAGCUGGAAUACGGCUUCCGCAUGGACGCCGUCGAGCAAGUGCGAAAUCUGUGGUCCACCAAGGGCUUCCCACCUUUCCAGAUGUUCCCAGACCCUGAGUAUUUCCCCUUCACGGAGAAGGACCAGAUCAAGUACUACAAGAGCGACUACCUUACCAUCAAUGGUAACAACCUGGACCGGGCAUGCCAGGAGUCUGACGUGAUUGUGCGCAUUGGGACCAGCAUCUGUAAUGUGACUUCGCUGUCGCGGGUGCAACUCACCUGCCGUCCGCCGACAGACCAGCCGCCAGCCCAGGACAGGAACGGCAACCCUGACCGUAACCAGAUCCCACAAGUCGUGGUGGAGGUUGGUGACAAGCUCAAGUUCAUGAUUGGCCGGCUGAGCUACGACAUACCCGUGGGGCCCGAGAGUGCAGUGCCUGUGCCGGCCAUCAUUGGGGUCAGCGUGGGCGUCGGCGUACUCGUGGUCAUUGUGUUUGUCAUCCUCAUCGCGUACCGCCGCAAGUCAACCGAGAGCAGCCGCGUGCUCAAAACCAUGCAAGAGCAGAUGGACGUGCUCGAGCUGCGCGUGGCCAGCGAGUGCAAAGAAGCCUUUGCCGAGCUUCAGACUGAGAUGACCGACCUCACCAGUGAUCUGACGGCAGGGGGCAUUCCAUUCCUGGAAUAUAGGGCAUACACAAUGAAAGUUCUGUUCCCCAAUGUGGAGGAUCACCCUGUGCUCCGAGACAUGCAGAUCGACGCUGUGAAGAAACAGUAUAUGGAGAAGGGGCUUUGGUAUUUUGGCCAGCUCGUCAUGAACAAGACCUUUCUCCUACUGUUUAUCCGAACUCUCGAAUCGAACCGAUACUUCUCAAUGCGUGACAGGGUGAGCGUUGCAUCGUUAAUCAUGGUGACUCUGCAGGGCAAGAUGGAGUAUUGCACAGACAUCCUCAAGACACUGUUAGCGGAACUCAUUGAAAAGUGCAUAGAAGGCAAAAGUCAUCCAAAACUACUUCUACGAAGGACUGAGUCUGUAGCGGAAAAAAUGCUUUCGGCGUGGUUCACAUUUUUGCUCUAUAAGUUCCUACGGGAGUGCGCGGGAGAGCCAUUGUUUGUGCUGUACCGCGCCAUCAAGCAGCAAGUGGACAAGGGCCCAGUGGACGCCAUCACAAGCGAAGCACGCUACUCCCUCUCGGAAGAGAAGCUCAUACGGCAGUCUAUCGACUACAAAAGCAUGACGGCCUACGUCUCGAUAGCGCAGCUGAGCUACGAGCUCGGGGAGAACAACGAGACGCCUGUGAAGGUCCUCGACUGUGACACUGUGUCCCAGGUGAAGGAUAAAGGACUGGACGCCAUCUACAAGAACAUGCCCUCCUCCCAGCGGCCAAACAAGGACGACCUGGACUUGGAAUGGAGGACGGGCAAUUCGGGGCGCCUGAUCUUAUCUGACGAAGACUCUACGACCAAGACCGAAGGAGAAUGGAAGAGGAUGAACACCCUGGCCCACUACAGGGUGAAUGAUGGGGCAAACCUGACACUGGUUCCGAAGCAGUCGUCCAUGUACAACCUUUCUAUCAUGUCCGAGAAGAUGGAGAAGUCUCACAAAUAUGAGACCCUGAACUUCUCUCUGAAAACGAGCCCACCACUCAGCCGGGCAACGUCUCCACUGAACCACGAUCCAGAGACUGGUUACAAGUACUGGCACUUGGUGAAGCAUCAUGAUGGCGAGAAUAAGGAAGGGGAGCGAGGAAACAAGAUGGUCUCGGAGAUUUACCUCACCAGGCUACUGGCCACAAAGGGCACCCUGCAGAAGUUUGUGGACGACCUGUUUGAGACGAUCUUCAGCACGGCCCACCGCGGCAGUGCCUUGCCACUGGCGAUCAAGUACAUGUUCGACUUCCUGGAUGACCAGGCGCUACAGCACGGCAUUACCGACCCCGAGGUGGUUCACACGUGGAAGUCCAACAGCCUUCCCUUGCGGUUCUGGGUAAACCUGAUCAAGAACCCGAACUUUGUGUUCGACAUAGUCAAGUCCAACAUAGUGGACUCUUGCCUGUCAGUGGUGGCGCAGACUUUCAUGGAUGCCUGCUCAACAUCCGACCACCGGCUGGGCAAGGACUCCCCCAGCAGCAAGCUGCUCUAUGCCAAGGACAUUCCCAUUUACAAGGACUGGGUGGAGAGGUAUUAUCAGGACAUCAAAAUGAUGCCAGCCAUCAGCGAUCAAGACAUGAACGCCAUGCUCGCAGAAGAGUCCAGGCUUCACGCUCACGAGUUCAACACAAAUGUGGCUCUGCACGAGUUGUACAAGUAUGCCUACAAGUACACAGAUCAACUGCUGCAGACAUUAGAGGAGGACGAAUUCUCCCAAAAGAACAAGCUGGCCCGGAAGCUGAGCCAGGUGAAUGCCAUCAUGAACGGGGAGUCGGAAGCAUGACGGUUGCACUGGCACUCGGUGGACGUGUGACGCCAGCAAGGACCUGAACAAGCACCUCCUCUCUCUGUGGCGCCCACGCGCAUCGUGCUUGCCACUCGGUCCCCGGCAGGCAACCUGCGUUCCCACUGCGGCAGCGCGUUUUGGUUUCUCCCGGCUCCUCCUCCGGCGAGCGUCUGGAGACGGUGUGUGUCAACCCUCCACUGAAUGCCGCGCAACGUUGUCCCCCGUCCCCCAACCACCCCCCUCCUCAGGCCCCCUUUUGUCAGCUGUCAAGGUCUGCUUCUCCGUACCGUUCCUGACCGAGGCCUACCUUAGGUCUCCCUCGUCAACGCAAGGGCCACAAAACACAAAGCGGUCUCGCUCGCCUCUUACAAUGACGUCGUUCAUUCCUUAUGUUGUGGUUCCUGUGCUGGAUGAUGUGUGCGAGCCGUGCCAUGACGGGGGUCAUCAAUGACACUGGAUAGCCCCGACACAGGAGCGAGAGCUAACGGCAGUUUUGACGACACGGUGCGACUUGCCACGGAGGCAGAUCUGAACACUCUGAAGGUCACUGUUAUUCUUUGCGUGUGCUCUAUACUGUGUGGUCGCAGCUGUCCGAGCCAGAUGUGUCCUGCCCGAAAUGUUAUUGCAGUGACUGUUUAUCAGGUGCACAUUUUUGCAUUUAGACACAAUGGCUGUGCUGGUUCUGAUAUUCCUGUUGCUCUUCACCAGGCCUGCAGGAAACAUCAAUCCAAGGAGGAAUUCACUGUGAACUACCGUACGAGGCAUCGUGUCACAUGUAAUACGACUUGUAUGGCAGCAACCAGUUGAACUGCGAUUUCCUCAUGUAAACGUUGUAGUUUUAUGUUCGACAUUACAUUACAAGACGGCCAAACAAGAUAUACAGAUCAGAACUAGCUCGCAGCAAUACUUUUGACUGCAAGAAAUUGCGUUUUUGUAAUGAACAUCACAUUGAUUUAAUUGCAUUUGUAAUGAUCAACCCACAGACUAGGAAGUCUUUCCCGUGUAUCGUAGCCUUGACCACUGCUUGCCUUAUCAUCACCUUUAUUGUUUGGCAGUUAACUGCUUUUACACACCUAGAGACCAUGCGAGCAGUGGGAAGGUCUGUUAUGUUGCAUUUGACGACACACUUGCACCAAGAUGUAAUGGCCCGCGAUUUAUCUUCUGCGAAUUAGUAUUAGCACUUGGCAUCGGGUAGCAGCACUUCAUUGUAAUUACUGCAGAGUAUUCUCAUGACAAUACAGAUGCUUGUGCAAGUUCUAAAUUAAGUUCAUGGACUACUUCAUAGCUUAAUUGAUUUCAAUACUUAAUGGAAAGUUUUCUGACAUACAACUACAGUCAUACUUCGCCCGAUUCCCUCAUUACGCACUGUGCUGGCUCCGAAGCCUGUAACCUUAUGUGGGACAGCUGCUGAUCGUUCCGAGUGCCAUCUGCUGGAGUUGGCGCAGUGAUAACAAUAUUGACCCAAGUGAGCGGUGUCAUCAGAACUGCGUUUCUCUCUCAGUCCUAGUGGGCUCCUUGGAGAAAAAAGUAACUCAUUUUUCCAACAUUGCUUUCGCGCAGCCCUACACAGUGCUCCAGAUUUCACGAGAUACACAAGGUGAAAGGCUACUUGCAAGAACAGCAUUGUUAAGAUUUCAUUUUUAUUGCUUUUAAUGGUCCUCAUUGUGCCACUUAGACUUACUAUUACUCAGGUUAAUUGUGCUUGUCUUAGAAAAGAGACGGUGCUCUUUUGAGUGCCAUAUAUUGUGAGCGUUCACACUCUUAACACUGUUCGACAGUCUGUUGAGGUCAGCAUGCCAAAAUAAUUCUUUUGCAGUGAUUGUUCGAAAAAACAAAGAUUAUUCUACCCAGACAGUGCAGGCUGUGCUUGCAAGCACGAAAUUGUUUCAUGUAAUUUAACAAUACUGCUAUAAGUACUGGUGUUAGCCCUGCUAUAAUAUUAUGGCAUAUGUCAUUUUAAUGUUAUUUUAUAUUAGUUCUUUAGUUUAUGGCCAGUGCAUUCUUAAGAAACAUUUUGCAGCACUCCUGUUUUUGUUUUUGCAUUUUAGAAUUAGGCAUUUAGUUUUUAAAUUUCAUUUAGAAAUACUUAACAUUUUUGUGUCUGAGUAGCCUUGUGGCUCGGACAUGCGCCGUGAGACUGUGUCAGGAAGAAACAUGUUGUUUCAAACUUGUGCGUGUUGAAUGUGUUUCGAUUGCCUCCACCCCAUACCCCUCUCUACACUGCACUGUGGAUAUGACGUCUAUUAGACCUACAUAUCAGCACCUGCAAGGCUCAGCCAAAACCUCUCACUCGUGUGCGGACCUUGCCCUUCAAGGCCACUCGUGACUGAGCGUGUGUUGUGUGCGUGUGUGCGAUGCGUGCUCACUCCACCGAAGAACACCGCAGGAUUGACAGCAUCGUCUUCUGAAAGUUAGCAGAGAACUGCUACGGGACUGUUUUCAGAAAAUUAACUGUGUCAACUAGUGCUGCGCGGUAUCGCGAAAAAAAAAACUUCUUUGAGUGUUGUGUGUGUGCGUGUGUAAGUGGAGUUGAGAAGAUUGAAAGCUGGACUUCACUGUGUGUGCUCCUGCUCACUAGGCUUAACAAACAAAACAUAAAGAACUGCGGAGGUGCUGUUGUGAAAGCUCCUUUUGCCUGCUUAUUAGCAAAAGGAAGAAAGCCAGGGAUGGGCUUAAAAAGUUCUUUCUCAUCCGCACUCAUUUUAAGUCGCGAGUGUAGUAGUGAUGUGUUUGGCUCUGUCAGAGAGCCGCUUACUGGCAAGUAUUUCAAGAAGUAUCCCCACUAACAGCAUUUUACCAUUAUGUUAACAGAUAGCACUGCCAUAACUGGCAUUUACUCACUCAAAACAGAAAGCAAAUUAUAAAAAAAAGAGGUCUUAAACAGCACACAAUAUAUUAAAAAAAAGAAACGGUGCUCCACUCAGGAGUGUCCCAAGGUAAUCAUGAUUUCUGGAUCUGAAAGUAUAGAAGUACCUAGCACUUCUUGAUCUUCUUGGUUUUUAAAGUUUGACUUUCAUUUUAAUUUAACAGGACUGCUGCAGCGACAAGUCAUCCAGUAGUAGUCACGCACAGGUUCUCAAAUCGGAUAAAGUGUUCUGGGGAUUUUAUCAUUUUCUAUUUUACAACAGUGUGUCUUUUUUUGUCUGGCUAGGAUGCCUGCUUUUUAUGACGUUAAUGAAAAGCCCUCAAGUGAACAUAAUAGACAACUUGUCGUUAGGCACCAAAGCCCUGUAUAGUAUUCCAUUUCCUGCAUGCAAAGAAAACCUUAACAAGCACGUUUUUUCAAAGGAGCUCCUGCUACACAAGAAGCUUUGUUUGAAAUGGGCUUCGGCCAUAAAAUGCAUAAUGUCGGCAGCCUGCCAUACAGUCUUGUAAAGAGAUUGCUUCUUUUGAAUUGCUUGAUUGAGCAUAAUAAUGCCGGCAGCCUACUCCUUUUUGUGUUCAGAUGUAAUGUUUUCAUUCCCCAUUUGCACAGGUGGCAACAGUAUCCAUUGUUCAAUCAAAAUAACAUCCCAACUUAGCAAUGUGCCAAUAAUGCUUAAAAGAUUAUCACCGAAUGCAUUCUGAACCAGCCUUCUUCCUGCCGAGGUUGGGCAACCCGCCUGUUUGCUACUUCAACUUUACAUGCCUCGUUUGUCUAACCGGUGAUUUUUUUUUUCGUCUCCAGUAAGCCUCGCACCCCGUAACUAUGUCGCAACAGUGUUUGUACAUCUUCUGAAGCAACCCCUUUCCUUCGUAACUGUCUUGACGCUGCUGCACUACCUAGGCAGGCACUUACCGUGGAGCCAACAGGGCACGAAGCGGCUGCGUUCCGCGUGAGCCCCGCUUUUUGUAUAUAGCCACUUGCACCCAUUUCUGAAUGUGCCGUUUCUUGAACCUACGUGGUGUGUGUGUAAUUUUUGCGGACCUCUGGAGAUGAUGUUCUUACAGGCGCCAAGAAUGUGACGAGAACUUACGUUGCUCUCCCCCUUUGCUCUCCUACCGCAUUUUAUGUGAGUUCGUGUGCAUGCGUGUGCGAGAAUGUGUACCCAUUGCGCGACGUGAGUGAUCAGUCGCACUUGUAAACAAAACAAGAAAAAAAAAAACGGAUGAAGAAAGGACGUGUGUGCUAAGGAUAAGGUGUGAAAACAAAGCAACCAGACUUUUGUACAAGAAACUCACUUUGUAACAUAUUUAUAGCAUACAUAUUUUUAUUAUGGUAUUGGUUUAGAGAAUUCACUAUCUUGCUCAAGUGAUUUCUUUCAUUAAAACAGUGUAUGAAAAACUGC